CCUGUCAGCUAGCUCACCUUAGCCGUUAGCCAGGUUGUAUGGAAGUACAAGCACAGGUUAGCAUUAGCCCGUAGACAGAAGUGUAACAAUAGCUUCAUAUGGACUGCAGCUUUCAGCAUCUCCGUUUAUUCCGUCCUCAUUAGUGCAACCGGCGGAACACCAGACUCCGUUUACAAAAUCUGGCAUUUUAGAGUUUCCGGCUCAUCAGAAAUACGUACACGAGUAACCAAAUGAUCACGGGUGACUUUUCACUGCGGCAUUCACGUGUUAAGCCCAGAACAGCUUAGUUCAAGUCACUGUCAGGUCUUAGCAAGGGAUCACCUGCUGACCCCGCUAACCUCCGUGUAGAGAAGGGGGUUAAGCCCGGGCUUUUAGUCUUUAGUGGUUUGACAAUGCGUCUGUUCUCAUAAACAUUUGAGUCGCUCAGAGUUAACAAUGUCUUCAUUGUGGAGCCUGAGGCCAGUGCUCACAUCACUGUUCCAAGCCUCCCAGCAUGCCUCUGCCUGGACCGGUCCCCUCCUCUCCAGGACAAUGGCCACCCUCAACCAGAUGCACCGGCAAGGGAAGCCCAAACCAACUCCUAAGUCUGUUGGCGCAACGUUUGGCCGCCCCCAGCUGAAAGCGGUGAUCCUGAAGACCAUGAUCCGAAAGCCCAAGAAGCCCAACUCCGCGAACAGAAAGUGCGCUCGGGUGCGGCUGUCUAAUGGGAAGGAGGCGGUGGUGUUCAUCCCCGGGGAGGGACACAACCUGCAGGAGCACAACGUGGUGCUGGUGCAGGGUGGGAGGACGCAGGACCUGCCCGGAGUCAAACUCACCGUGGUCAGAGGCAAAUAUGACUGCGCUCACGUGGUGAAGAGGAAACAGUAGACUGAGAGACGGACGCUAGUGUGAUGCAGGUGUUUGCCAGUGGCUGUUUAAUAAAUAUGUGUGCUCUUAAUUA